AUGACUGACAGCUUUAACUUACUAGACAAACUGGUCAAAACACAGAGAAGAGGGGUAGCUGUAGACAUGACUAACAGCUUUAACUUACUAGACAGACUGGUCAAAACCCAGAGAAGAGGUGUAGCUGUAGACAGUAGUCAGUCUUGUCUUAUUUGUCAACAGCGGAUCAUAGUAACAGAUUUGAGAUAUGCCAGCAAUGUUGUUUUAUUCCACUGUAAACAUGCAUUCCACGACGAUUGUUUACCCACAAACUCAAUGAAGCGUUGUACAAUCUGUAGUACUCAAAGGAUGGGACCUGGAUCUAAGGGCGUGGUCAAGUAAUGUCAAUCAAGUAGUGCUCCAAUCAAAUGCUGGCUAAAGAUUGAUAAUCAAUGGAAUGAUGAAACCGUUUUUAAGCAUUCUGUUAAACAUAAUCAUAGUUAUUGUGCUUGUAUUUUUUUGAAAUAUUUGUAUUACACCCCAAAAUAUAAGAAUAAAAUUUAUUAAAUGGGAAUUGCCAUUUGUUUAUUGCAUAAAGCUGCAGUACUCAUUUUUAACAUCAAUUGUUGAAAAAAAAACUGUCCUUUCUCUAAAGAUUAUGUUACAUUGUAGGCCAAUUUUUCAAAGUUUCUUAGCCGUGAUUGAAAGUACUUCAGUGCACUGUGUACUGAAAAUGAUGUCGCAUUUUGUUAUAAAUAUGUUGGCAUGAAUAAAUCACUUUUUAGUGUUCAUCUGUUAUAUUUACGUUAUUAAAAAUACUUCAUUGGAAAUGCAUUUUGAUUUUUAAGCCAAUUUACUAGACUAUUUAUAUUCCCUUGCUUUAGAAUGGACAUAUUUCAUUCUGUGUUUAUGUUUUUUUUUCUUUUCUGUAGGAUAUUUUUUAGUAAAAUCAUGUUCCUGUCUUGUUGUUCAUGUUUCAUUCUAGGAGAUGCUUUCUGCUGCAUUUUUAGAGGAACUCAUAGUUCCCUUUCUAAAAUAAUUUCGUGAUAUGUUAAUGUUCUUAUUCUAAAGAACAUUUAAAUUCCAUUCCGGAAAAAAAUAUUUAUUACGUUUCUUACAGAUUUUUCCUCUCUGUUUAUUGCAAAUAUUCAUAUUGUGCAGAGAUGACUAACUAGUAACUUACCAUAAAAUGAAUAUCAUAAAAUAGAAUUUACACUUUAUUUCAUGCAUGUGUACAAGAAAUGAAAUUUAUUCUUACAAAAGAAGAUUAUUUCCACACAUAAUCAUGGAAUGUAAAUAUUGAUGAUAGAAAGCAUAAUAAGCUUCAUAAUUUUAUUACAAUAGAAUUUUGUAAGGUAUAACACGGUGAGUUUGUGACCGUAAGCUACUAAGAGUAUUCCUUUAAUUACAUGUACCACUUUCCUGGUUACUGCUUUUUAAAAAGAGUAGUUUUAUGUAUUAUUCUUUAAUAAAAAUUAUUA